AUGGAGUGCGCUAUCACCAGCACUCGCUUCGGGGACUGGGUUUUGCCCACGUUGGAGCGAGUGGUUAAGUUGACGGCAUCAUCUCCGAAAUUCGUGGAGUUAGGUUUCAGUGAAGAACCUUCGGAUUCGGCCGUUGCUGAAAAUGCGCCGAUAGUUUUGCAUUGUGGAGCCUUCUCGAGCCCGAACAUAGGCCAUCCUCAGAUCAGAUGGCGGAAAGACGGAGUGCCCGUACAGCUAGACGAGAAACGGCAUCGGCUCCACUCGAACGGAUCUUUGUACAUAAACUCGGUUCAGCGGAGAGGUUCGCUGACAGAUGAAGGCGUCUACCAAUGUCUGGCAACUCUGCCAGACGUGGGAACUAUAAUCAGUAGAUCUGCUAGACUCGACAUAACAUAUUCAAUUCCUACCUUCGAAGAACAGCCUCGCAACCUGAGCCUGUAUGCAGGCCAGACAGCAUUUUUCCCAUGCUCAGUUUCCUCGGCCAGGACGACUCGACCCAGAAUUACUUGGCUGAGAAACGGAGCUCCCCUUCGACUAGACCCUCUCAAGAUGGUCCAACUGCCCUCGGGCGCUUUGGAGAUCGACGCCUUGAACUCAGCUGAUGAGGGUCCUUAUCAGUGCCAAGUCACCACCGGUGACAAGGUUCGUCUGAGCAUAGUCGGAUACCUCCGUGUCAUUCCUCCUUCAUCACACUCAGGGACCAGCGAUGGAGACCGGCGGCAAUUGAGCUCUCCAGUGUUCAUCGCUCAACCUUCUCAGGUGCGCGCUGUCAAGGGGGAUCGCGUGACCCUCGACUGCGCCGCCAAUGGACAUCCCCGACCACAGAUCUCAUGGCUCAAAGACGGUGCCAGCAUAGAUAUGAGCAACCUCGACAGUCGCUUCCGUGUGGUAGGUGUAGGCAGUUUACAGAUUGAAAACGUUCAGCCCCAGGACGCGGGGAGCUACAUGUGUCGUGCCGAGAACAAAGAAGAUUCCCUCGAUGCCAGUGCUACACUGACAGUGCUAGUGCCUCCGACAUUCCGCUCGCAGCCGCAGCAUCAAGCCGUCCGUGAAAAAGAGGAUGCGCUCUUCGAAUGCGACGUUUUCGGUGUUCCGGAGCCCAAAGUGGAAUGGUUCAAAAACGGUGAUGCUGUGGUCUACACCGGCUAUUUCCAAUUAGUCAGAGGACACGACCUUCGAAUUCUUGGGAGUGUCCAGAACGACCGAGGCGUAUAUCAAUGCGUGGCCUCCAACCAGGCGGGUACCGCGCAAGCCUCUGCUCAACUCGUCAUUCUCGAUAAAGGUGAGUUCACAGCUUUCGAUCCGUGUUCCUCAAUGCCACUUCCCGCUCUGUCUCAAACCUCAGGAACGCGGAGCAACGCCAAAGAAGCACCUUCAGCGCCGCAAGGUUUGACAGCUCGCGUGGUCACUGCCAACAUCAUUUCUCUGUCGUGGCAACCUCCUCAGCACAACGCCGACAGUAUCACUGCCUAUACGGUUUUCUACAAAACCGAAGGCUCAACUAGGGAACGCGUGCAGAAUACCACUCAGCACAAAAGAGAUGAGAUCAUCAUCAAGAAUCUAAAACCUUCGACAAAGUACUCGUUCAGGGUGGUCGCCGUGGACUCUGCCUACGGUCUAGGCGAGUCCUCCGAUGCUAUAGUAGUUGAAACGAACGCCGACAUCGCGAACAAUGUUUUGGGCCCUCCACUGAACGUGAAAGCCAACCCUAUAUCGGUGAAGGCUAUUGAAGUCGACUGGGAAGCACCGAUCAAUCUCUCACCGAAAACAAGGGUCCAGUAUGAAGUUUACUAUCAGGAGAUCAGCACCUCAAGUUUUGCCCACGAGGAGCAGAAGAUCAGCAGCUGGUCCACGUCGACCGUUAUCGACAACCUGGACACUUUUACGGAGUACACCAUCUGGGUUAACGCCGUGACCCAGAACGGCACGGGUGUAGCUUCUGCAGAAGUCGUGGCGAAGACAUUCUCCGACAUUCCGUCUGAGACGCCCCAGAAUGUGACGCUGGAAAAAGUCGGCGGGACGUCGCUGAUCGUUCGUUGGGAGCCGCCUCCCGUGGAACACCAGAACGGGAUCAUCACGGGAUACAAAAUCCGAUACAAGCUAACCAGUCGCAAGGGCGAAAUCAUCACGACAGAUGGAAACCAUCGAUCGUACACGAUAAAUAAUUUGCUGAAAGGCGAGACGUAUCUCGUGAAAAUCGCCGCAUUGACCGUCAACGGAACGGGUCCGGCCACGGAGUGGUUCUCGACAGAUAACUACCUCACAGAUCUCGAAGAGAACAACGUGCCCGGUCAACCGACGGGUCUCAAGGCGAAACCCGCUUCCCGGAGUCUCACAAUCGGAUGGUUCCCUCCCCGAGAUAGGAAUAUUAUGGUCAGAGGAUAUCGCAUCGGUUGGGGACCGGGAGUGCCGGAUCUUCACACGAAAACAAUCGAGGGAGCUCAACGAGUGUUCACGAUCAGCGAUCUCCAACCGAUGACGGAGUAUGUGAUCAGUGUCCGAGCUUACAACCGGAUCGGGGAAGGGCAACCCCUACAGGACACGGUGAAGACUUUGCGGGAAUCCACACCCACCCAACCCGCACUCGUUCCUCCAGUCGGUCUAACAGCUCUGGUCCUGUCCCCGACAACUGUGGUGCUCUUCUGGACCGAUACCACUCUGCCCUCCGGGCAAACGGGCAAUCGUCACUACCAGGUUCGCUACAAAGCCUUGAGUUCGCCGAAGUACAAAUACGCCAACUCUACGCAACUCAACUGUAUGCUCGAUGACCUGAAGCCUUUCACGCAGUAUGAGUUCGCUGUGAAGGUGGUCCAUCGAACGCGACGUGAAAGUGCCUACAGCAUGGCAGUGUUCAACACGACUCAAGAAGCGCUGCCCGAGAGUGCUCCCAGGGAUUUCACCGUCGACGAGGAUUCCGAGCCGGGAUCUGUGACGUUGCACUGGGGACCCCCGAAGCUGAGCAACGGAAUCAUUACGGGCUACACGAUCGUGUACACGACGAAUCCUGGACAGAACGAACGGGAACGAAAUGUGACCGUCUCGGGCGACAAGCUCUCGACAUCGAUUUCCGGUCUGAGCUCAGACGCGGUUUACUACUUCAGGAUUCAGGCUCGAAAUUCGAAGGGUCACGGUCCGCUGUCGGAGGAGGCCGCUCACCACACCGGGAAAAGCUUCCAGACGACGAUUCUCGGACCACAUCCUACUUUGGAGAGCCUGUUGACAUCCAGUCUAGUGGUUCUUAUUGGAGCCGGUGUUGGGAUUGUGCUGGUGCUCUUGUUCUUGACAGUUUGCGUCAUGGCUUGUCGGAAGAAGAAAACCACGACCAGGAGCGCACGCAAAGAUAAGGCGACAAAGAUGGUCGCUGGGACGACUUCCAUUGGUGAUGAGAAGCCGCCAGAUCUCUGGAUUCAUCACGAACAAAUGGAAUUGAAAAAUUGUAAGGGCGAUCUUCCUGAUGAAGUUUCGUCGAAACGAAACUCUCAAGACGUAUCGUCGAUCGAGGAUCAUUACAUGGGAACCCUUGACAAGAAUAAGUCGCUGUAUAUGGAUUCCGGAGCGAGUGACGGUGGGAGCAGUUGCCGGACGGAUCGUCCACUUCUGCCAAAGUAUCCAUCGAGACCGACAUCGGUAGAUCCCGCCUUGAAACCGCUGCUUUAUUCUUCGCCGACCAUCGAACCUGGAAGUUCUGCAACGCUUGGGCGGCCCUACCAUCAUAGAACGAGCAACCAGUAUUCAACAGGGCCUCGCGCCCAUAUGAUGAUGGACAUGCCUCAUCAUAUCGACGGGCUAACGACUUUAUCGCGCCAUCAUCCGAUGCCCAGCUCGACGUACGAAGCCGUCAUUCCACCGUUGCCGUCGCUGCAGUCCAUGGCGGGCAUUCCGUCGAAUCAGGUGCCAUCUUACACGUCAGCACUCCUGGCCGCGAACGCGGCCGCGGCUGCGACAAUGGCUCAGCAACAUCAACCGCCCCCACCUCCACCCCCUACUCACAUGAUGACUGGUUACGAUACGAUCGGACGGCAGCAAAGAGCGAGCCUUCAGGGACCAGGCUUGAAUCAAAUGCGAAGCUUCAGUGUGCCUUCUCCCGGUCAGGGAGGUUCGUCAACUCCUCCGCCUCCGAAGCACGUCGUGGUGCGGCCCCAACCUUCAACUAUGCAUGGUUCAAGUCCGCAGAAGAGUGGACAGAACAGCGUGAAGCGGGUCGUAAUUCCCAACGCAGGCCUCCGGGCGGGAGAGGAUCUCAACACACCGUUCAACGAGGAGCUCGACGCUCAGAUGGCGAAUCUCGAGGGGCUCAUGAAGGAUCUCAACGGUGUCAUCAGUUCCUCGGAGUUCGAAUGCUAG